AUGUCGAGGGACGCCGUCGACGCUGUCCCACGAGCCGCGGACGACGCGCCUGCGCAGGAAGACAUGCGUGACGAAUCUCCUCUGGGUGGAGGCUCUGUGAUCGCGAACGAGCAAGUUAUUGCGGAGUCUGGAGGUGAGCAGGACCGGAGGAGCGCUGGAGAUGACGCGAAACAGGCUGUAGAGCCUGGAGGAAGCCUAAUCAGCCAGACAGAGGACCCCGGAGGCCGCAACAUGAAUGUAAAGGCGAGCGAGCACAUGGAUGUAGAAGAUGAGCGAAAUACAGAGGCUGCGCGGUCAUCAGAAAUGGAUGGUGAUGGUGAAGAUGCUGGAAGCCAGAACACCAGUGACGCUGCGAGUGUGACCGUGGACCCCGCAGUCAAAUACCACGCGAACUGGGAAGCCUGGCAGAACUACUUCGUCGACUACUGCCGACGUACGCUACAAGUCAUCCCCGUGAAGGAGACAAUGUCAUGCGCAGAAAGGAACAAGCGGCUAAAGAAGACGAAGAGAGGUGUGGAUGAGGAUCAGCUGGUCCCAACUGAAUUUGACCCGUACCAGCGCACGUACAUCUGUACGCACGGCUGGAAAAAGAGAAAGUCGCGCAGUGAGGGCAGCCGCCCACGUCAGCACGUCCGGCUGACGAGAUGUCCCUUCAGAUUCGUGGUACAGUGGAAUUUGGCGCGUGGAGAGCUUCAGGUGAAGAAUGGUGUCUGGUUACACAACCAUCAAGUCUCUCCCGCGGCUUUCGCGACGUACCCGUCGUCGCGCGGUGUGUUUCACCCGCUGGUAGGUGCGCGUGUUCAGGGUAUGCUGGAGGUUGGAGCCAAGCGAUCUAGGAUUUACGACUACCUCUUAGAGCAUGACGAAAACGUCAUGCAGGCGGACGUUGACAAUCUGGUGCGUGACUAUUCUUCAUCCAUGACAAACGUAGACGACAACGAGGAAACAGCGAGGGAGCUCGCAUUGUUUGCCGCAGUCGACCCCGAGAACCUUUUGUCGGUGGCCGAUACGGACUGUGGCGAGACAGGAGUGAUAUCGAUUGCAAGUGCACACAUGCGGCUUGUGUUUGCGCGUUUCAGCGAGGUGUUGCUAUUGAUUGCAGCCAUAAGACGAAUCGGUGCAUAUAACUACCAACUACUGACGUUCAUGGGAAUGAACGAGUUUGGCGAGGGUGCAGUAGUUCAACAGUCUCUGAUCGAGGCAAAUGGAGAUUGGCAUAUGGAGAGAGCCAUCGACCAUUUCAAACGAUUUCACCCUACGCGCAUCGACUUGCUCCAAGUGAUAGUCGUCGACAAGGAUUUGAAUGAGAUACGGGUGUUGGAGGCAAAUUUUCCUGCGGCCCGGAUCCUGUUACGUCAUUUUCAUGUUAUUAAGUAUCUAAAGGAGAUGCGCUCGAAGCCCGAGUUCGGCAAGAUCUCAUCAGACGACGCAAGCCAAGUAGACGCUGCAGUGCAUAAGAUGGUAUACGCCUCCAGUGAACACAAAUACAAAGAGGCACACGAAUCUCUAAAGGGCUUUUGCGAAAGAUGUGGUAUCGAUCGUUUCUUCAAGUAUUUUGAGAAGAAUUGGCACUCAUGCACAGACCGUUGGGUGUAUUAUCUGCGAGCUACACUCCCCCACUUCAACAAUCACACAAACAACAGAUUGGAGAGUUACUUUGGCAAGCUGAAAGAAGGAAUCGACAGUUUGAUGUCUAUGGCCAAUUGUAUCAAGGCGUUGGUAGCAUUCGAUCGGCGGAAGCAGAACGAUUACGAAUACAGGUUGACUAGAAUUGGUCGGUUCAGCAAUUCAAACUACGACGAAGAAAUGUCGACUGUCCUGCGUUUCACUACGCACUAUGCGGCCCGCCAGAUAGAGCGGCAAUACAUACUAGGGUUGGAAAAUGCCUCAAUGUACAACUUCGAGAAAGAUCCUGAAGAAUUGAGCGUCGUCAAAAUCGGUGGGAUAUUCAAAACGCAUGCUCUUCGAACCGAUGACUGGAAAUGCAACUGCGAGUUUGCAGCUUCGAUGGGUUUGCCAUGUCGACAUGCUAUAGCGUAUCGGAAAUACACCAACGUUCGAACACACUCGGAGAGAUACACGGAGGCUGUUCGCGCAACCCACUUGAUUGCCAGUGAAAUAGCUGACAUUGAAGACGAAGCUGAGUUCGAGAGUAUGCUGCAGUUUGUUAUGAGUCAAUGGAGAAACGUCCGGCAGAAAAAAAUUGCGGAGGAUAUCCCCGAAGGAGACUUGAAAGAGGCUCUGAAAAUGGAAGACCGGCAUGCUUUUUCUGAUGCUGAUUUAAAAUGGGAGUUUGAAAUUAGCAGUAGUGAUGAUGAAGAAUGUUGUACUGGAGACGCUGCGAACUCUGAUGCGAACACAGAGAAGAAUCCGCCUGCCUCGUCAGUGUCUAUACGUCUCAACCCAAAGGCACGGAAGGUUGGGGCCCCCAAAAAAGCCAAAAAGAAGAUAGUGGCCGGUGAACGUGCUGACAGGAAGUGGUAUGAAGCAGCCAAGGAAGGCCGCAAUAAAUCUGGGGAAGUGACAUUACUUGCGGUGGUGAACUCGUUAGAUCACGUCCAGCCUGGGCUUCGUGAGGUGCAGAGGCGUUUAUCGGGUAUCAUCGUGAAGUAUGGGGACGCAGAGUCGAAAAAGCCCAAACUGCACAUGAUGAAAAAUCCUGUUUUGAUACAGGAUCCGUUCUAUCUACUUCCUACGAAGUUGUUGGAGGCGUGCAUAAAGAUACUUCCCGUGUCCAAUUCGAAGGAAGAUGCCAUCACAAUUGACACAUCACAGACUAGCCAACCAACUGAGGAGAAGACGGGAAAACUUGUUGAAACUAUUGUCAUCAAGGACCAAGUGAAGGAGGACGGAGUAGACACGGUGUUGCUCCCGCUCAACUUUGAUAACUUCCACUGGUGCUGCGUGGUCGUUAAGGCCAACGCUAAGCGUAUCUAUUACUACGAUCCGCUAAACCACGCUUCCUACAAGAACGCUUGUAACGCAGUGGGAACUCAUCUCAAGAUCUUAGGCCUGCUAGAUUACGACGUGAUUGCCAUGAAUAAUCCUAUCCAGUUUGAUGAACACAGCUGUGGAGUGUUUGUCGGCUGGAUGUUCAUCUGUCAGGCCAUUUCACAUGACACUAUGGAAGAUGACGACAAGGAGGAGAAAACCCCUGCCCCAAGAAACACCGGAGACGACGACGCAGGGGACGAAGUGCAGCAUACGCAGAGAGCUGCACGAAUUGAAGACGCAGAGGACGAAGUUUCACCUACGCAGAGAGCUGCAGGAGUUGACGACGCCAAGAGCGAGGUUCUACCGACACAACCUGCGCAGUGA